CCCCCGAGGCUCCGGUGUUGCAGGCCUUGAGACGGCGCGAUGCUGCAUCGAAACCCCCCAGAAUCACGGAUGCGAUUUCUUCCAUGGGGGACACAUGUCUUGCCAAGACGCAGCAUUCGUAAUGCGUGACAGUCUCCUCUCACAACGUUCCAUCAUCUUGCAGAGCCCCCCCAUCUACAAUACUGGAUCAAGGAGAGCCGCCUCCGAAGACGUACCCGAACAGGGCCGCGGUGCAGCCAAUGGCGACGCAGAGCCAUCGUGGGCUUGUCGUGCUACGGCUGAGUCCAACAGGCAAGGGAAAGGCGGUGUACAGAUGCAGGAAUCUCUCAGAGAUCGCCCCGUGAGAGCGCGACACAGAGCAGACUUGCGAGGUGGUGUGUGGAGAAAGGCGAUCAAAGUUCCGAUAUGGCUGCUGUUGUUUCCGGCGCCAGCGCAUCAUUAUCAUCAUCAUCAUCAUCAUCAUCAUCACCACUACCACCACUCGAGCAAAAGCCAAAUCCCAUGGAUCCUCGCCAACACACACAGGCGUGCACAAUGCCAUGUAUCGAUCAAUCAUGGGAACUGCUACCUGUACAUGUAUUUGUGCGAAUGUACAUGUGCUGUGUCUCUUGCGUGCAAGGUAGUGACACCGGAAUUCACCCCAUUUGGUGAGCAGACGAACACACUCGGACGCAUCCAAUUGCACUUGUUGGUACAGCUGGAGCACAUUGAGCCAGAUAAUCGACUGCAUUGGUAGGCUGCCUGUCCAAACCCUGAAGGGUCCAACGCACCGUACAUGCAAGCACUAGGUGCUCGGAUACACAGUUGUGCGCUCGACUCGGUGAAGUGCCUAGGUAGAUGGUAAGAAUGUGAGGAUGAGAGCGAGCCACGACUACGCGCAGAGCGAGGGAAAAGACGAAGGCAGAUACAAGAAAAGGAAAAGAAAAGGGAACCCAAGGGCGGUCGAGAACAGACAGGACGCCCCAGGUUAAGUUGGCAGGGCUCCUGGUGUGAAACGCAUCAGUCAACCCAUGUCCUUCAUCUAAAAAGGCCAUGCGAGGGCAUGGGCGUGUCUCACGCUUCACCCUCGGCGUCGUGAUCGUCUCCAUGAUUGAUUGCAUCGUCGCAAGCAGCACACAGACAGCCUCCUCGCUGGGCUUGGCGUACAUAUGCGCACACAGGCAGAGGGGCAGGUCGAGGGCAGGAGUCAGCAGCCAGUCCAUCUGGACUUGAUCCGACCGAGGGCUGCCGUGUAGAAGAAGCGUCCCAGAGAUGCUUGUGUGAGGCUGGCUGAAUGCUUGAAGCCUUGGGUGUCAGCAACACCAGCACCACCAAGCCAGCGAGCAGCGGAGAGGGCCCCAGCGGUGCCAGGCCCGGCCAGGCAAAGUUGGAGACGGGAACUAAAAUCCGUAGGCGAGCCCAAGGCUGGCUAGCGACGAUCCGGGUGGUUCAUCUGGCUGCUCUUUUCGCCGUGCUGCCCUGCUGCUGCCUGUACCAACUUAAACGUCCCUACUGACUAGCAGGUACAUACAUAACAUCCAUCCCUCUACACGCCUAGCGGAGCGGUGCGCCUGGAUUGGUACCAAGCUGCACCUUGGCCAUCCUUCUAUUGUACAUCUUCUCUCCCACCUCCACCUCCCACACCACCACCGACCAUCCCUCUUCCCUCCAGUCUGUUGCGCUUCCACUCUUCUCCGCGACCAAUCCCCCCGCGCCCGUUUGCUUUCCUCCCCGUCCUAUUUCUCC